AUGUCAGCCAAAACCACCGCGCCAGCAGAGGAUGGGCAGGAGCUGAAGGUAGGGAGCGUGGUGAGCCGGGUGGCCGGCCUGGCCCUGGUGAGCUGUGCCUGCGGUGCCGUCUCCACCGCCUACACCUCCACCAAGGAGAGCCACCCCUACGUCAAGUCCGUCUGCGACGCCGCCGAAAAGGGGGUGAAGACGCUGACGGCGGCGGCGGUGAGCGGGGCCCAGCCCAUCCUCACCAAGCUGGAGCCGCAGAGGGAGUGGGUUUCCACCGCCAACGAAUACGCCUGCAAGGGGCUGGAUAAGCUGGAGGAGAAGCUGCCCAUCCUGCAGCAGCCCCCCAAGAGGGUGGUGGCAGGGACCAGGGAGCUGGUGUCGUCCACCGUCAGCGGCGCGGUGGGCCUGGCUUGCAGCGCGGUGCAGGGCGGCGUGGAGAGGACGCGCUCGGCGCUGAGCACCGGCGUCAGCACCGUGGUGGGCUCCCGCAUGGGCCAGCUGCUGGCCACCGGGGUGGAUGCAGUGCUGGGGAAAUCGGAGGAGCUGGUGGAGCGAUACCUGCCUGGGACGGAUGAGGAGCUGGCGGCGGCGGUGGCGGGUGUCCAGGUGGCCUCACCGGAGCGGCAGAGACGGCGGGAGAGUUACUUCGUCCGCGUGGGCUCGCUCUCAGCCAAGCUGCGGCACCGAGCCCUGCGGUGCUCGCUGGGUGAGCUGCAGCGGGCACGGCACAGCGCCCAGCAGGUCCUGGCCCAGCUCCACCGCAUCUUCGAGCUGAUCGAGCAGGGGCGGCAGGGCAUGGAUGGGCCGCUGUACGGUGCCCGGCAGCAUCUCUACCGCAUGUGGCUGGAGUGGAGCCGGCAGAAUGCUGUGCCCAUGGACGAGACCGAGGUGGAGGCGCGGACGCUGGCCAUGCUGCGUGGGCUCCUGCGCCAGCUCCACGCCGCCUGCACCCGCUUGGCCGCCAGCGCCCGGGGUUUGCCCAGCAGCGUGCAGGAGACGGCGGGACACGUCCGGCACAGCAUGGAGGGCGUGCAGGCUUCCCUCUCCCGCGCCCACUCCUUCCACGAUCUGUCGAGUUUGGUGCUGGCGCAGAGCCGGGAGACGGUGAUGCGGGCGCAGUUGAGCAUCGAUGAGCUGCUGGAGUACGUGGGGCAGCACGCGCCCCUGCCCUGGCUGGUGGGACCCUUCGCCCCCGCCCUGGUGGAGUACCCGGAGGAUGUCCCCGUGGAGAUGGCCAAAUGGGAGGGCUGCAUCACCGUGGGGGGGACGCACCGGGUGCCCACUCCCCCACGGCUCUGCAGCCAGCGCUGA